AUGCCAAUCCCCGACACACCGAUGCGGCUGAUGCCAAUCCUCGACACACCAAUGUGGCUGAUGCCAAUUCCCGACACACCAAUGCGGCUGAUGCCAAUCCUCGACACACCAAUGUGGCUGAUGCCAAUCCCCGACACACUGAUGUGGCUAGAGAGCCACAUCGGUGUGUCGGGGAUUGGCAUCAGCCACAUUGGUGUGUCAGGGAUUGGCAUCAGCCGCAUCGGUGUGUCGGGGAUUGGCAGUUGCUCACACACCUGA